AUGGCUGACAUACAUCGGUUAAAGGAACAACUGGCAGAGUUACGUCAGGAGUUCAUUCGCCAGGAGGAUCAGCUUCACGAGUACAAGAAGAACAACACCUACCUCACCAAGAGGCUGGAGUAUGACAGUCUGCAGUGUGGGCAGCAGAUAAAGGAAAUGAGACUGCAACAUGAAGAGAACAUGAAGAAACUAAUGGACCAAGUUGCACGGGAGCAAAAGGCCACAGAGAAAAUUCAGUCCAGUAAAGAUGCUGAAGUAAAUCCCAGUAAUGAUGACCAGGCAGUAUCCAAGAGUGUUCCAGAGGCAGAAGAUAAAAACACAGUCAAGAGUGAGCAGCCUUCAGAUCAUGUUGUAAACAGCAAAGAGAAAAUGAAACCAGGAGGAGAUGCCGGGAUGCCGGAGAUAGAAGAUAACGACCCUGCUAAAGCUGAAGAUACCCCCACUGCUCUAAAGAAGCCACUUAUUUCAGCUCCUAAAAGUGAAGGUCAUGAACCCGUUGUAAACCUCCUGACUGAACAGCCUCAUGCACCAAAUCUGGCACCAGGUGUGCCCAGUGACACCGAGGAGAACGCUGACGUCGCGAAGCAGAUCCCUCCAAAUUCCCUCCAGCACUUACAGUUUGAAGAAAACGUGGAAAAUCAGAAAGAGCACAAAAUUGAGACAGACCACAUAAAAAUCCCAAAGAGCAGAGUUAGUGACCUGCAGAAGAUGAAGCAAAGCCGGUUCUUUGAUGAGAAUGAGUCCCCUGUUGAUCCGCAGCAGGGCUCUAAACUGGCAGAUUAUAAUGGGGAUGAUGGUAACGUGGGUGAGUAUGAGGCAGACAAACAGGCCGAGCUGGCUUACAAUGAGGAAGAGGAUGGUGAUGGUGGAGAAGAAGACGUCCAAGACGAUGAAGAGAGAGAUCUGCAGAACGACCUGGUGGAUUAUGGCAAAAGCCGCUUCAGCAACGGCCCCCUGUGA